CUUCCCCGCACGGUGGAGCCCUUGAGCUGAGUUGCUGAUGGGGUUCCCCGUUAAUAUCUUCCUCAUCCCUUCCCUCUGCUUUUUCUUCUCCGCCUGUUUGCCUCCCCCUCUCCUGCUCACAAGAGUACAGUAACACACCAGUCCUGUCGUAGCGGCAGCAGCCGACACAAGCGUGUCCGGUCUCUCCUCGUAGCUCCAGUUUCUGCUCUGCAUAUAAACUAGCCAUUUAUCAUCAGUCAUGGCCGCCGGAGUACAAAUUUAACUCCCGUCUUUCCUCCCUGUGGUUCGGAGGGAAGGCUUUUUUUCUUUCUUUUUGUUGGUGUUUGUUUCAGGAAGCAAGAGGGGGGAAAACAUAGAAAUAUUAGUGCCACACACUGAUUUGGAUAUCCUCUCGGAAUUACAAUACAUCUCACAAGGGAAAUACCAUUCAUGUCAAUACUUCAACAUGCAGCCGCCGCCGAGGAAGGUCAAAGUGACACAGGAGCUGAAAAACACUCACACAGAGCAGAUGACAAGACUGCACUUUAAACACCAGACCGAAUGUGACCUGCUUGAGGACAUGAGGAGCUAUAGUCUGAAGAAAGGACAACUGGAGCGGGACUAUGCACAGGCUCUGCAGAAGUUAGCGAGUCAGUACCUAAAGAGAGACUGGCCUGGAAUCAACCCUGAUGACCAGAGAACAGACUAUAGGAAUGUGUAUGCAGUGUGGAGGUCCUAUUUAGAAGGUACAGUCCAGGUGAGCCAGUCCAGGCUCAAUGUAUGCGACAAUUACAAGAGUCAAGUAUCAGAGCCCGCUAAGACUGUUAGACUGUACAAGGAGCAGCAGCUUAAAAAGACAAUAGAUCAGCUGAGCGGCAUUCAAGCAGAGCUGCAGGAGUCAGUGAAGGAGUUAGCCAAAGCUAAGAAAAAAUACUACGACUGCGAGCAGGUUGCCCACGCUAUACGAGAGAAGGCCGACAUCGAGGCGAAGUCUAAACUGGGUCUUUUUCAGUCAAGAAUUAGUUUACAGAAAGCAAGUGUGAAGUUGAAAGCAAAAAGAAGUGACUGUAACUCAAAGGCGACACAGGCCAGGAAUGACUACUUGCUAACGCUAGCUGCUGCCAAUGCUCACCACGAUCGGUACUACCAUACAGAUCUGCUGCACUGCAUACAGGCCUUGGACGGCAGAAUCUAUGAGCACGUCAAAGACUACCUGGUGGCACUUUGUCGCACUGAGCUUGAGGCCUCCCAGGCUACACACAACACGUAUCAGUUCCUUUUGGACAAAUCCACCAGGAUAAUGCAGGAGUACAACCAGCAGUUGUUCAUGCAAGAGAAUCCGGUGUUUCACAAAGCGCACGACUUCCAGUUCCAGCCCAGUGAAUGUGACACGACUCUGAGCUCGGUGCAGCAGUUGGUGGACAUUGAACCGUCGCCGGUCAGUGCCAUGAGAAUGACCCUGGCACAGAGUCGUCAGCUGGAGUCGGAGUCGGGGACGACAGAGGAGCACAGUCUGAACAAGGAGGCCAGGAAAUGGGCAACCAGGGUGGCCAGAGAGCACAAGAAUAUCAUUCACUACAAGCGAUCUCUGGAGGAGUGUGAGAGCCACGGCUUGCCUCCCACAGAGCAGGGAAGAUUAGAUCUGGAGAUGAAGAUCGAAGACACCAAAGAAAACAUGCGCAAAGCCGAGACAAUAAAGUUGAAAGCUGAAGCUCGGCUGGACCUUCUACGCCAAGUUGGGGUUGCCGUGGAUACCUGGCUAAAGAGCGCCAUGAACCAGGUGAUGGAGGAGCUGGAGAAUGAACGUUGGGCCAGCUACACUUCCCACGACCCCUCACUGUCGGGCACAGUGGACCUGGAGCGUGAAGAGGGUGAAGAGUGUGAGGAGAAUAUGGAGGUUUUUGACGACAGCAGCUCCAGCCCUUCGGGGACCCUCCGCAACUAUCCGCUAACCUGCAAAGUCCUGUAUUCAUACAAGGCCUCCCAACCAGAUGAGUUAACUAUCGAUGAACAGGAGAUGUUGGAGGUCAUUGAGGACGGAGACAUGGAGGACUGGGUUAAGGCACGCAAUAAGGCAGGUCAGGUGGGCUAUGUCCCAGAGAAAUACCUGCAGUUCCCGACCUCCAACAGUCUGCUGAGCAUGCUCCAGUCUCUGGCUACGCUCGAUGCUCGGUCACACACUUCGUCUAACUCAACAGAGCCAGAGCUGCACUCGGGCUGCAUAAACGGAGACACAAAUAUGGUGUACGUGCGUGCACUUUAUGAUUACGAGGGUCAGGCGGAUGAGGAACUCUCCUUUUCCGAGGGAGCUGUGAUCCGCUUGUUGAGCCGUGACACUCAGACAGAUGACGGCUUCUGGGAGGGGGAGCUGAACGGGCGGGUGGGCGUUUUCCCCUCCGUGUUGGUAGAAGAUCUUACAGAGAAUGGAGAGACCAGCGUGGGAGGGGCAGGUGACACACAGAUCUCUCCUUCUUUGAAACUGCCAUCUUCUCUGCCACCUCUUCCGCUGUACGACCAGCCUCCCAUCAGCCCCUUCACCAGCCCCGAGACUUCCACCCCACCUCCUCUGCCACGUUCCCCUUCCGCUGCUCUUAAUGGGGAGCACAAGCUUCCUCUGCCUGCCUCGUCACACAAAGGACCGCUGUCAGCUCACAAUCAAAGCUCUGGCAGGAGUCCAGUAUCUCCAGGAUUUGCUAAGACUCAGCCGCCAAGAUUCACUCCUGAAGGAGGCCCGGGCAAACUACGACCUGUGCGAGCCGCUCCUCCUCCACCCAAGCAGCACCCCCGCCGACAGCAGGAGAAGAGCGACAAGACGGAGGAGGUGGAGAUCACGCUGGUGUGACAGACAAACAAACUGACAGCCAGUUAUAGGCGCACAAACAGAAAUGAAAACAGAUGAAAGGCAGAUGUAUCCUACAGGCUUGGGAACUGAAGUGAAGUUAAAUAAAGUGAUGUGAAGUAAACUGAACUGAACCACGCUGACCCCUCCCCCCGCCCCAAUCUCCUGAACUCCUGGCAGCUCCGUAUCUUCUCCCUUUGAGCUGAGGAGGAGGAGAGCAGAGAGAGGGGACAAAGGCAGACUAUCCAAUGUAAUAAUCUCCGUAUUAGCUUCCUAAUGAAGUGCAGCAGUAGCCCACACACCCCCGAUCCCUUCACCCUACCCCGUCCUUUCAUUCUUGCCUUAAAACCUCACCUCAUUGGGCAGCAAAUCACACCACGGUGAAGCAGAGGAAGAAUGUCAGGAGAGGAGGAGGAUGGGAAAAAGCUAUUUGUGACAGAUGACGGAUUUGGCAAGUUUUCUGUUGUCAAGCUUUCCAUAAGACCAUUUAUCUUUCUGCAGAAGCAGAUCAGAGUCAAUAUUUAGAUUUUUUCUCUUCCCAAUAAAUAAUCAUGAAGCACGAGAAAAGUUUUGAAGCCCCAAGAACUGACAAAAUGUAGUAAAAGGUUAUCAGACAAACCAAACAUAUAACUCAAUACACUAUAACUAUAAAAUUAGGGUGGGAUGGAGGCAGAUGAUUGAUUGUGGUGACCCCUAAAGGCAGAAGCUGACUUAAAUGGCAGCCCACAUGAACAGCUGAUAACUUAGUAUGGAUCUUGUUGGCAGAUAUCAUACUGGAUGCAAUAUUUACGUUGCUUUAGCCUCUUUACAGUUAUCACACAUCUGCAAGCCACUUUGCAACCCAGCUCAUGCUUUUCAUGCUGUGUGUGUGAUUUAAUCAAUGGUCAGUGUUGCUUGCAGCGUCAUGUACAGGUGUUGCUUCGGCCCAAAGAAGAGAGCCCAAUCUAAUUCAGUGCAGAUGGAAAUAAACAAUCUGCUUUUUGCUACUGUAUUCCCGGGGGCAUUAGUUUUGCUCUAGUUUUUGUUUUUAAAAAAGUCUGAUUCUUAUCUGAUACCUUUUCCUUACCUUUUGUGAGUGUUGUGGGCCCAUCCAAAGAAACCUGGCUGAAAUGUAAGUAAAAACAUGCCAAGUCUGUCACGUUUUUGGAGAGCAGUGGAGAACGAAGUGAACGACCAGAGAAAUUGAGCGGUGUGCGUGGACGCAGCGUCCCUCUCCUUAGGCCUUCCCUCGUCAUAUAUAGUCAUUAUCAUCAUACGUAUUUAAUGUGUAAUAGUACAGUACAUUACUGUCGUCAUAGGAAUGUUAUGCUCAGCAUUUCAUAUAGACUAACUCAGCUGAAUGGAAUACCAUGUCUGAUAUGUAGUGGAAGUUUUAUCUUCAUCUUAUACUGAAAGGGCAUUGUAAAUACAGCAGGAAGGAGAGCUCAAAGGAGGGAGAGGAUGAAAGAAAACGAGAGAUAAAGGAGGCUGGAUCCUUCCCUCUGCUCUUAGCAUCGCCUCUCUUCCCAUCCCUCCUUUACGUCUCUCCCUCUUUCCUCUAAAGACGAUUCUGUCCAUUGGCAGUCAGUGUGAAUCAGUGACUAUCAUAUACAUACAUACAUACACACAUGCAGAUACAUUAUACGACAGAUACAUUCUCUCAUUCUGUGCGCCGUAUGUCUGUAUCACUGAUUGGUUCAGAGAUGCGCUGCUGGUGCUUUUAAAGGCACUCAAAUUGUUGGUAUUCACUAUGUGGCAACAAAGAAAAGUUUUAUUUCAGAUGAUGUAGACACAGGAAAGUAUUUGUGGCCGGGACUUCUUAUUAGCACAGAACUGUAUAGUUUUCAUCCCUCUCAUGCCGAUUUGUUCACUGUUCAGUUCAACUAAGACGCACGUUUACUUGACGCUCAUUACAUUUGCAGGUAUAAUUUUUCUCUCGUCUCGCCAAGCAAAGCCACCACAUCUUGUGUCCUAAUGCUAGAAACAGAAAACAGAAAGAGGUGUGUAAAGAAAAAAAAAUCAAACUAAAGGGACAGAACUAGCAAAUGACAUUCAAAUGGAGCUAAGUACAAAUCUUUUGUGUGUGUUUUUUUUACUCAAAGUAAAUAAAUGCCCCCAUUUCCCUUUACAUGGCCAUAAAGCCUUUGAAACUCCUUGCCUGAAGGGCAGCGUAGCACCUUUAUUAAUUUCUACCUUACUUGGAAAGUAGCAGUACCCUCAUAUAGCAUCGGCACGGGUGGCAAAGACUCUGAUGAAUCGUUGUUGUUAAAAUGAUUCAGAGUUGUUCUUUUUAAGCUGAUCCUAUGGACUUUUUUUGUUUCAGUGUGACUGAUGCUUAAAAAACAAACACAAAUAAAGAUCUCCACUCUCCCAGCUCUUCCAAAGAGGUGGAGAGACGACUGUGGACAGUGAAAUUCGCUGUUCUUCUUUAUUUAUAAGAACAAAACAAACAAAAAUUACAGAAAGCGAUGCGUUUGAAUGAAUCAUUUUCUUUUUUUGGUCUCGAAAUAGGCCUGGGUGUUUAUGAGUGUGAUUGUUUAUAAGAGAGAGAGGAGGAAUUUUAAUCUAAUUUGUGUUUGACUCUGAAGAUAUGUCCCAGUUCCUCACUGCAAAUGAACAAGUUUGGAGAGCGUUUGCACGGAAUAAAUUGCAAAGUAGAGUAUUGUCCAAAUUGUCGGUAGGAGAUAAAACUGAACAUUCAGGCAGUAAUCCUCUUUCUUUGUCUCAGAUAACAUCCCUACUGCAAAACAAAAACAAAAGAAGAACUGUGGAUAAUGGAGAUUAAUAUUAAAUUUAAAACUCUUAGCAUUACUAUGUAGUGUUGCACUGGAGCACAUCUUCAGGUCUCCUGUAAGAAAAGUCUUAAUCUGGAAGCAAAUCGACUGUUUUCCCCGGUGGAGGUGAUUUCUAAAAGGAGAAGUAAGAAGUGAAACCACAACAUUUUGUGUAGCAUUCAUCCUAGCAAACUUAAGCAUGCUGGAAUUAGUUGCAUUUUUAGAUACGACCCUCUGCUCUUCUGCUGUUGUACGGACUAGCAUUGACUUGUGACAUUGUGGUCAAGGCGACUUGGAACAGCAGCCUGUCCUUGAUCUCUCUGAGAUCUGAUUUUUACUGGUUUUCGAACUUGUUUUGAAGUUUAUGGUUUUUCAGCAUCCGCAGACAUUCCCGUUAUACUUACUCAGUCAGUCUGUCAUAUAUAAAAUUGACAUUUCAUUGCCAGUUGCCACUUUGAAGACGGAUUGUUUCCCAUCUUUAACAGUCUCUUUGGUCCGCGACAGUGUUUAAUUAUUUGGUAUGGUUUUUAUGUUUUAAAUGACACUUUAUUUUUCCUUAUGUGGAUUCAGAGUAGCACAGCUGCCGUUAUUAUUAACGAUGUGGUGGAACAACUGGCCUCUCUCUUUAAUAGACUGUUGCCUGGGUGACAAUAUUGAGAACAGGUGCAAAAGUCUUUCUGCAUAUUAUUAUUGGAUGUACAAAAAACGACAACAAAAAAACAAAGUUUGUAUUUAUU